AUGUCUUUAAGUCGUGAAGAUUCUGUCUAUUUGGCUAAGUUGGCUGAGCAAGCCGAGCGUUAUGAGGAGAUGGUUGAAAACAUGAAGGCGGUUGCUUCUUCUGGGCAUGAGCUAUCGGUUGAGGAGAGAAAUUUGUUAUCUGUUGCGUAUAAGAAUGUUAUUGGAGCACGUCGUGCUUCUUGGAGAAUUGUUUCUUCGAUUGAGCAGAAAGAGGAGGCCAAGGAAAAGUCCGAAUAUCAGGUGAAGUUGAUUAGGACUUACCGUUCUAAGAUUGAGUCCGAGUUGACCAAGAUUUGCGAUGAUAUCUUGAGUGUUUUGGACACCCAUUUGAUUCCAUCGGCUACCACUGGGGAGUCCAAGGUAUUUUAUUAUAAGAUGAAGGGUGAUUAUCAUAGAUAUCUGGCUGAAUUUUCUGCUGGUGAUGUCAGGGAGAAGGCCACGAAUGCUUCCUUAGAGGCAUACAAGUCUGCUUCUGAUAUUGCUACUACUGAGUUGCCUCCGACUCAUCCAAUUAGAUUAGGUUUAGCUUUGAACUUUUCGGUCUUCUAUUACGAGAUCCAGAAUUCACCGGACAAGGCCUGCCAUUUGGCCAAACAAGCCUUUGAUGAUGCUAUUGCUGAGCUAGAUACGUUAUCCGAGGAGUCUUACAAGGAUAGUACUUUGAUCAUGCAGUUGUUGAGGGACAAUUUGACCUUGUGGACCUCUGACAUGUCUGAAGCUGGGCAAGAGGAACAGCCUACUGAUACUCAGGAAUGA